AUGUCCAUGUCGACGCCCACAGCAGCGAUCAAGCUCGCGACCUCGGACGACCUGCUUCUGUGCACAGCAUGUGGAGCGCAGUACGAAGAGGAUGAAGCAGCCGGAAAAUCGGAAUGUAGAAUCUGUGAGGAUCCAAGACAAUAUGUUCCCCCGCCGGGGCAAUCAUUCACGACGCUGGGGAAGCUGAAAGCGGAGGGAAAUCUCAAGAAUGUGUUUGAGACGACGAAGGACGACGAGAAUGUUAUUGAGAUCUGGACAGAGCCGAAAUUCGGUAUUGGACAGCGGGCGUGUUUGAUACAGACACCACAUGGAAAUGUCCUUUGGGAUAUAGUGGCGUAUCUAGAUCAAGAUACUGUUGACAAGGUCAGUGAACUCGGCGGGUUGAAGUUCAUCAUCAUUUCUCAUCCGCAUUUCUACACCACAUGGGCGGACUGGUCUGCCACCUUCCAAUGCCCCGUGUAUAUCACCGAUGUCGACUCGGUUUGGGCCAACAGAAAAGGAGUUUCUUCUGCGACUUUAAAGUUGUUGAAAGAGCCUUACACUGAGCUCCUUCCCGGACUGACAGCUGCGAUAUGUGGAGGUCACUUCGAUGGAAGCAUGGUGUUGCAUUCUGCAACCCCCAAUACCAAAAUCCCCACUCUCUUCGUAGCAGACACCAUUUUUGCUGUCGCUUCCGCACAAAAUCCCGACCCAGGCAAGAGGAAGGACACGAUCUCAUACCAGUUCUUGUGGAGCAUUCCAAAUUUCAUCCCAUUGCCACCAGAUAAGGUUUUCCAGAUAUGGAGCCGAUUGAAGCCAUUUGAAUUCAAGGCAACAUAUGGAGUGAUGGCAAAGUUUACCAACGUUUAUGAGAGGCCUGGUCAGACUAUGAGUCUGAAAGCAAGGGUCUUGCAGAGUGCGAAGAUCGCUGUCAAGGCUAUGGGGUACCAAGAUCAUAGUAUCUUUGCAGAGGAAUUGUGA